AUGAUAACACGGUGCCUGAACGCUUCCAAGUCAGACACCGAAAACAGCUUCUACAGCGCAAACUGGUCUGCUUGGCGGUUGGGCUUUGACGUCUGCUGCAACAGCCAGUAUAACGAGGAGCUGUGCCAUGGCCUCGAUGUGACCUUAUUCGACUUCAGCAGUCGGACCUUUGGUCCAGGAGACCGGGUGAAAGACACACCCGACCCGGCACUGGCCGAUUUCUGCCAGGAGGCAGAUGACCUGCUUGACGCGCAUUUCGACGAGCGGACCUUCCGCAGCCACUCGAGCGCGCUGUUGCAGAGUAUGGUAAGCUCCCCACUUGAGCGCAAGAUGAUGGCCAAAGUCAGUGCCCUCGGUCUCGGAAAGCUCCUGCACCGGUCGAAAGAAGCCGUUCGCGCUGAGGUGGUUCGGCAGCACAUUGAGCAAUGCCGCGGAGAUCCCACGUGUUGGGAACAGGUGUCCUCCCUUCAGGCUUUUUUUCUUCGAGUGCAACGUGGAGGAUCAGGCAAGCCGUCUUGCAUCCCAGCAAAGAGCCACGUAUCCACGCACACAACGAAUGACAACAGCACCACUGAGAUCUUUGACCUCAGCAAUCCCAUCGGGCAGGUUUGGUCAGCUGCUCGGGCCGCAAAGGGUGCCCCGCCUGAACUUAAAUCGAAAUCCCUGUCGUGUGGCAGAUCAUGCAGCUUUCCCAACCCGGGAGUUAAAUACACGCUCUACGAAAUCCAGCAUGAAAAGGGCACCUUGACUGUCGGAGAGAAAGCACGUUUUUGGUUGCUCGACGAUGAGAGCCUUCAGGGGACUUGGGUGCUUCUGAAUAGCGUCAGCAAGGAUGAUAUUCUCAUUGUGUCAGACUACACUGAUGGGCAGAUCACCACAGGGUACAGCAAGGUUUUAGAAGUUCGUACACGCUAUCGCGAUGAGAUGCUCUGUUCAGCAGACUGUGCAGACUUCUUUGCAGAUGGAGUGCUGAUUGACUGCGGAGGGAAUGCAGCUACACGCCUGUGGAAGCUUUCUGCUUCCGUGGUCCCGCUGCUUCUCAUCCUCUGGGUGACAGCAUAG